CAUGAAUGAGCAUAACGGCAGAGAGAAAAUGACAGAUUUUGAGAAGCUAGGAAGCCGAUCGAAGUCAACAAUGUCCUUUAUUCCAUCUAAUAACAAACAACAACACCUUAGCGGUUUUCUAACAGGAAGAACUGUUAAGCCUGCUGAAAGAGUUAUUUUACCUCAUCUGAAUCUACAUAAACCGACUACUGUAAAAUUUUAUAACAAUAGGAAGUUAUUAUCUUUACCUAAGAUCGAGCAGGAUCAAAAAGUUAACCAACUGAAGAGGACACAUACCUUUGUACAAUCUAGACCUAUUACUAAUGAAAAGAUUUAUGACAUAUUUGUCGGAAAAGGGGUCAAGAAAGGAUUUUGUCAGGUUCGACCUAUUAUAGAUGAGACUAUAUAUCCUAUGUUUGCUAGAAGAAAAGGACGAUCAUCAUCCAAGUAUGGACUUUUUAAACCGGUAGGAAAUAUGAUUUGA